AUGAUAGCUGCUCAAGAACUCUCUGAAUUUCUUCAAAUGGAGAUUCGCCUCAAAUUCGAGGAAGAAGUUCUUGAAUUCUACUGGAACAUCAUUGGAAUUUCUGGGCGAACUCCUUCUGGCCCAGCAAAGAAAGCAGAUCUGAACAACGAUUACAAGUUGAUUAUGGAACUGGUCAUCGCCUGCCUCGAAUGUGGGAGUGGAGGUCAUGCCGAUGACAUCACCCAGGAGAGAGCCUUCAUCAUCAACGCUCUCAUUACCAAAACUAAGGUAAACUGGGCUGCACACUUUUUCAAUUCCAUCUCAAAGCAUUUGGGAAAGCCCAACCAGAAAUAUCUUUGUCAAGGACUAUACCUUGGACAUAUCUUGGAGUCUAUGGGUUUCAGAGACUAUAUAUAUCACGAUUAUGGAAAGAGUAUCUCACAUUCUCACAUUAUGGAAGGAACUUCUCGAACACUUCCUUACACCAUAAGAUUCGUUGGUCUACUUGGUAGUCAUUCUCUUGGUAGAAAUCCAAAGUUUGUGGCUACUGCGGUAGAUUUAGGAAGGGAAUUGUUAAGACGAAAAAUUAAACUUGCCUAUGGAGGAGGUAGUGUUGGCCUUCAAGGAGCUGUUGCUUCAACAGUCUUUACCAAUGGUGGUCUCGUUAGAGGUUUCAUUCCUGGGUACAUAGCAACUCGACGGGUCUAUGGACCUACGUAUGGUGUAGAGCACACAGUUUCCAGCAAUUACUACAAAUAUUUUGAGAUGAAUCAUGCCGGGGAAGCUUUCAUUGUUCUUCCCAGAGGAGUUGACACUAUGGAAGGUUUGUUUACCUUGAUCUCGUGGGCUUCUGAAGGGUUACACAAUAGACCCAUUGGUCUUUUAAACAUUGACGGUUAUUUCAAUAACCUUCUCAAAUUCUUAGAUGAUGCGGUGAGACAGAACUUCAUGGCUUCCAGUCAGAGGAAACUUUUUAUUUCUUUUUUCUUUGUUGACGAGCUUUUAGACAAACUAGAGUUUGAUAAGGCUUUCCCGGGUCCUGGAGCCGGUUACGACGAGUUUGCAAAUCCUGAGAGAUUAGACUUAGAAUUGCAUCUGUAACUUUCCUCAUGUAAUCUAAGUUGCAUUCAUGUUGAAAUAAUAUCGUCCUUGAACAUUACGAGUUAGUCAUAAAUAUUAUUCUAAGCUGUAUGGUCAAUGCAGCUACAUUUUCUUCAUUCUUCAGUCUUUCACUGUUGGUGUUACUGUUUUACGUCUCGUUCUGUAUUGUCACCAUGUCGCGAUCUUUUACGUCAAACGAAUCAAUCGAUUUGUCUUGU